AUGUCGUACGCCCCGCGUCCAACGGACAUCCACCCUUCUGCCUCUGCCGGCAGCAACACGUCCUCGACGCUGCGCUCCAGCACACUACCCGCCCAAUCCCACUUGCAGGCGCGGAUCGCCAGCAAACGCGCAGAGCUGGAGAACCUGCGCCAACUGUGCGAUCUCAGCGCACACUUGACAUCUCAAUUGGAGCAGCUGGAGAAGAAACUGGGGAGCCUGAGAGACGGGGCGCAGGCAGUGGCGCUGGUGCUGGCGAACUGGGAGAACGUGCUGCAGGUCAUUGGCAUGGCGGCAAUGAAGGUUCCCAAGCCACCUCCUGCGCCUGAUGUCGAGACUGUGCCGGACCGGGAUGUGGAGGGGAAGAUGGCGGGGAAAUCAAAGCAAACGCAGGGACAUGAUCAAGAACUGCCCGAGCAAGAACUUCCAGUGCCGUUGGUCAGGAUACCCGUGCAACCAAAGGCGGAAGAUGGCGGGUGA